CAGCAACAGCAAAUCGUUUCUCCACUUCCUCCACUUCAGCAGCAACAGCAAAUUGUUUCUCCACUUCCUCCAAUUCAGCAGCAACAGCAAAUUGUUUCUCUACUUCCUUCACUUCAACAGCAACAGCAAAUCGUUUCUUUACCUCAGCAGCGGCUGCAAAAAGUUCAACAGCAAAUUGAACCGGUAUUAUAUGAAAAUUAUAAUGAAAUUACUUUGAGAUGA